AUGAAUUUAGGGUGCGAGUCUCCUACAUCAUCACCUCCUACACCUCCCUCUCCACUUCCCAUUAGUUUUGGACCAGGCAACAGGACAUACUCCUUCUCAGUAUCUUCAACUCCAUCGCCACCUUUCUCGCUCGCUCCUUCCUCCCACCCAUCUCAUGACAAUCUUCCCCUUCUGCACAAGACAUUUUUAGCCACUACUAAUGUUCCAUCUGUAUUUUCAUUGGAUCACCCAGAAUUGGAAUCCAAGAGUACAUGCCUCAAGGACUUGUUGGAAUGGUUUAUAAAAACAUGUUGCAGUUGCUGUGACAAAUUUCCUUGA